AUGGUGUGCAAAGGCUGCUGGUGUGGGGCGACCGGGUCUCACAGUGGGGCAUCGCGCGUGGGGCAGAGGCCAGAAGCCCUGCGUGUCGACCAGCGAGUCGGGGCGGGCGGCGAGGCGGCGGGCGCGGGCGAGGCGCGCUGGCUGCGCGGGCGCGACCGCGCCGGCCGACCCACCGCCGUCUUCUUCGCGGACCGGCACCGCCCGGGCCAGAUCCCGACCGAGACGUGGCGGCGCUUCGUCGUCUACAACGCCGAGGCGGCCAUCCGGGACCUCGGCGUGGCGGACGGGCCGGGAGGCCAGUUCAGCCUCGUGGUGGACCGGUCCUCCUCGGGCGUGCGCAACCAGGACCCGGCGCUCGCCAUCGCCGUCCUCCCGGCCCUCGUGCAGCAUUAUCCCGGCCUGCUCGGAGAGGUGAUCGUGGCGCCCGUCAACGGCGUCUUCUGGGCCGUCUGGCGCGUCGUCUCGCUCUUCCUCGCGGAGGAGACCACGCGGCGCUUCACCUUCAUUCGAGGUGCGCGGUGGAGGGAGGCGCUGCUCGAGGCGGUGGGAGGCGACGUGGAGCUGCCCGAGCACAUGCGGCCCGCUGGUGACGGUGUGUAA